UUCUCGUUGUUGUCCAGCGCACAUACUGAAUGACGUCGUAAACACCAAGACUAUAGAGAACCCAAUACCACCAAAGGACACAAGUUUUGUCAACAGAUCUACCAUAAUGGAGCUUGUUGAACAACUCAGACAAGAACUAUUAAUGAGAGGAUCAAAGAGAUUAGACUUUUACGACCCUUCAUCUUUAGCAGAAAGUGACUAUUUUACUCUCACUGGACUUGGAAAAAAGGAAUUUGAUCUGUUAUCUUAUGUGGAAGCUGGAGACGUUAGGUCAUCUAAAUCAAGGAGUGUUAGAACUUGUUUAGCGAUUUUUCUGACCAAAUUGAGGACAGCUAUGGAUAACAACAUGCUGGGAGUUUUGUUCAACAUGACUAAACCACAGAUUAGAAGAGCUGUAUCCACUAUGAGACAAGCAGUUAGAACCUACUUUGUCCCAAAUCACCUUGGUUUCAAUCAUAUCAGCAGGGAUACUGUUAUCCAUGACCAUACCAGACCCCUUGCCAAAGAACUGUUCUCUCCCACCCUCAACCAGGCGAUACUAGUGCUGGAUGGAACCUAUAUAUAUGUUCAAAAGAGUUCACAGUUUUCCUUUCAAAGGCGGUCAUACAGUAUGCAAAAACAAAGGCAUCUACUGAAACCAAUGAUGAUUGUCACGACCACAGGUUAUAUCAUAGCUGCCAUUGGACCGUAUUUAGCUGACGGAAAGAAUUCUGAUGCAAACAUUUUAAAACACAUCAUUGGUAUGGACACUCAAGAUAUCAAGACUUGGCUCCAGGAGGAUGAUAUCAUGAUAGGGGAUAGGGGUUUUCGGGAUUCUGCAGGAGUGUUGGAUAAUCUGGGAAUUCAUAUGGAGAUGCCUUCUUUUUUACAAAAAGGCCAGAGGCAACACUCCACAGAGGAUGCCAAUAGUUCACGUUUGAUCACAAAGAUACGAUGGGUGGUAGAAUCGGUGAAUGCGAGAAUUAAGACAUGGCGGUACUUGGCAAGACAACUCCCUAAUUCCCAGAUCCCAUAUGUUGGUGACUAUGUGCGAAUUAUUAGUGCAAUCUGCAACAAAUACAGAUACAUUUCAUAG